AUGGCACCUCUCAUAGCACUCUCUACUCAAGUCAGGGCACAAGAUUCCUUCUUCGUUGCAUUUGGCUAUGCCGGCGCCAACAGCUAUAACUGCAAACCUUCCGUGAGCGAGGUCAUGAAGUACGACCUUGCAUGGUACAAUGGAACAACAACCCUCACCCUGACCGGCAAUCCAAGUGAAUGUCCCGAUGUCACCUUUGAACCAUUGAAGAACGACUUCGGAAUUGGUGGAGUGACAGUGCCGGGAAACGCCAGUCUCGACCGAUCCAAAUACGACACCAAUCCAUACUACUUUAAUUUCCCCAGCAAGACUGGUAAAGACAUUCGAGUUUCAUUCGAAUCUAGUUCGGAUUAUUAUUAUGAUGAAACCCAGUUCUGGGAUCUUCAGGCUACCAAAUCAGGUGAUGGAUAUGAUCUCACGGGACAAUGGAUAGGUACAAGACCUUCAGACAACAAUUACUAUCAUCCAACCACAGCUUGCUGGAACGGUGGUGACUUUUGGCCCAAUAAUGGAGAGAAAAGCUCUGGUGAAACAUGGCAUUGGGACUUGACGGGACACAUCUCACCUGAUUCAGCAUCAGUCACGAUUGAUAUGACUUGGAUCACUCAACCAGAUGGUAUCGAAUGGCAUACGAUUAUUCACUACAAUGGAACUGCUUGGACCAAGGGGGCUCGUCUGGUCACUUCUGGGGACGCACCGACCAGUGAUGCAGUCGUAAAGUCGGAAGAUUCCGGCUCUGGCUCGAGUUCUGGGUCUGGCACAAGUGGUGCUGCUUCUACGGGUUCGACUUCUGCUCCCACAGCCACUGGUUCUGGAACGGCUACAAGCACAGGCAGUGCAAGUGGUGGUUCCUCUACCAAUUCUGCAUCGAGGGAUUCUGUUGUGUACAGUCAAUUUGCCAUGUUUGGGAGCCUUGUUGGUUAUCUGGCUUUCUUGUUUUAG